AUGGCUCUCAUGAAACUUCUUUUCCUUGUGCCAUCUGUCCUUGUAUUCAAUAAUGCGUAUAUUUCUCCGAACCCAGCACCCAAUGACGAUGAAACAAUUACCGGCGGUCCUCUCUACGAGCGUAUCUGCCCAGCCAUUUUCCCGAUAUUACAACGGUUGUCGGGCUUGAUACCCUGUGUCGCAGAGAUAGCCGUCAUACUCGCGGCUUAUUUUCCGUCGUCUAUCUCAUCUGGAAUCCUCUCCAUUCUAGUUCACAGCGGACAGCUUCCGGACAUGGUACCAAACAUAUAUUUCAUACUCGGAACAAUCCUCGUCCUCUUGGGUUGCAUGGGACGCCUAUGGUGUUUUCGUGUCAUGGGACGCCAUUUCACUCACCAGCUAAGCUUGCGCAAGGACCACUCCCUCGUCACCACCGGUCCGUACAACAUCGUGCGCCAUCCUAGCUAUGUGGCCAGCUGGAUCGCCUCGUUCGGGAUCUCGCUCAUCUAUGCGAGCCCUGGAUCGUUCAUGCGAUCAUCAGGGUGGCUCUCCACUUACAUCGGGCGUACCGUAUUUGGAAUAUGGGCACUCCAACUCAUGCUGACCGGCGUGCUAAGCUGCGCACGGGCUAUCAGCGAAGAUGCGAUGCUUCGCAAGCGUUUUGGGGCGGAAUGGGUCCGGUGGUCUCAGAGGGUGCGCUACAGACUCAUUCCGGGUGUAUUCUAG